CUAUGCCCCCUCCCCCAACACAGCUUCAGUUUCCGGGGGGGUUGACACCCCGGAUUACGUCCUCCCCCCGCACCAAGCCAAGGGCAAAAACUGGAGCCCCCACUGGAAGGUUUCAGGAUCCAGAUUCUUCACUGCAGCAGCCUCAUUGCCCAGAACCACCACCCGCCAGGCGUCCUGCGGCCACACCCCUGGCGGGCCGAGGCCGGCUACGCCCACGCGACCCCUCCCAUUCCCCUGCGGUCUGGCCAAUGGAGGAGCUACGAAUGGCAAAACUUCCCCGAGCUUGGCAGUCUCCAGUUGCGCCGUACUUGGAAGACUUUGGGAGACUUUGUUGGAAGGAGAUGCGGGAAAAGGAUGCUGGAGGCCUUGAGAGAUGGCACCUGCACCCCUUCCAACCUUCCUUUUUCCCUGGAGUCGCCGAAACAGCGCAUCCAAUUGGCUCGAAGAUGUGGUUUGCCGCUUCCCUACGGGUCUAUGCGGCACUCUUCUGCCUGGUGACUGACAGCUUGGAAAUGAAGCUUAUGAUGUCAUUUCUUCGGCUGACCAAUAGAAAAAGCUCCCGCGGAGAGACGUUCCUCCCACUUCGACUCUGCUGCUUCACGCGCGUGAGCGAGCGAGCGCGCGCAGAAGGGGUGGGGGAAAUCUCGAGCAGGGUGGCGCGCAUGAUCAGUGAAGCUCCUCCCCCCCGCCUAUAUAUAAAGGGCUGGCGCGGGGCUCUACGGCGCCAUUUCGCGCUGGAGUGGAGCGGCCUCUAG